AGGGCUCAGACGAAUAUUCAAAAUGGCGGACGAGCAUGGAAGUCCGGAGAGCGGGAAACUUACCCAACUUCCUUUGUCAAAGAUCAAAACCAUCAUGAAAAGCUCACCAGAUCUAGCAAAUAUUAGCCAAGAGUCACUUUUCCUGAUCGCCAGGUCUACGGAGGUGUUUGUAAACUAUUUAGCUGUGGCUGCUUUAAAGAAAGAAGAAUCAAAGAAGCAUUUGAGUUAUAAAGCGUUAGCUCAGCUAGUUGAAGACGAGGAUGCCUUGCAGUUCCUGUCAGAUAUCAUCCCACCAAAAAUGCUUGUCAAAGAUUACUUUGAAAUGAUGAAGAAGAAAGAAAGCCGUACGGAACAAGUAGAGAUAUCAGAUUCUGACUCAGACUGACGUGGAAACCUUUUAAAUUGGAGGUUACGAAGUACAACCCAGGUUACCAUUUACCAGGACGCAGGACCAUUAGCUGGUAAACAAGGAUUUUGUCGGCAGUCUGAGAAUAAGGCUGAGCUCGGUAGAUACAGGGGUAAGAACAGCCAGGGGAUUUGGACACUUACAUUUUAGAAAACAUACAGAGGGAGGUGCAAAGGGUGGGGUCACCCUCGCCAUUGUAAAAAAGCUGGUAGUUUCUUAUUGGAGAAUCAUACAUAAAUUAUUAUGCUUUUCCCAUAUUCCUCAUUUUUCCAUAUUACAACUGCACCCCACCUACACCCAGCAAAUCGUGAGAAGCCAGGAUCGCCCAUUCACAUAGCCACAUCAACAGAAGCCCUGAAGAAAAACUCAUUUAGAAUUUAGAGCAGGGAUUGUAUAGAUUAUACUAUAUAGGUAGCAGUCUUGAAUAUUCUACAAACAUUGCAAUGAAAACGACAUGGGUUGGUUAGGCUUGUUAGCUUUCAAUAACGAAACCAAAAUGGUAGCAUUUGGCUAAUAAAUUAUCAAACUUUUA